AGCACAGCUAGCAGCUCCGUGAUGACAGCUACCGGAAGUGGGAGCAGAGGAAGAGGAGGAGGAAGAGAAGGGGGCGGAGUCUGUUUGUUGACAUCGGGAAGAAAGCGAAAAUCAGAUGAUUGAGGACUGAAAACAGCUUCACUGAGCCCGUCACCAGGACACGAAGCCCAGGUCCUCUGUUCUGCCCGUCUCUGACCGGAGCCAGCAGCGGGGCGAACAUGGCAGCCAAAGCGGGCGACGACCCGGACAGCCUGAUGACGCUGGCCACCGUGUUCUGCCUGAGGAACCUGAGGAAGACGAUGUGCUACCAGGGCUUCAGGAACAAGCUCUGCAUGCGCGCCGACAUCUUCCUGCCCAGCGAAAUCUGCGACAAACUCGUCAACACGUACAUGGAGCUGGUCCACACCGACAGCAACUUUGAGCCGGAGGAGAGCUUCUUCCAGCUGUUCUCGGACCCGCGCAGCACCAGGCUGACCCGGGUCCAGCUGAGGGAGGACUUCGUCCGGGACCGGGACCUGGAGGCCAUCAGGAAGCAGGACCUGAUCGAGCUCCACCUCACCUACUGCAACAGCCUGUCGUCUCGCAGCCUGAAGACUCUGUCCAGCUUCAGAGAGACUCUGGUGUCUCUCUGCCUGUUCGGCUGCAGUAACAUCUUCUACAGGAAGGGCGGCGCCCCGCUGGCCUGCACCGAGGACUCCGAGGACGAGGACGAGGACGUCCCGGCCGCCCGGCAGGCCCCGGAGACGGACUUCAGCUUCCGGGGCUUCGACCGGCUGCGGCUGCUGAACCUGGGCCAGCUGCCCGACGACGUGGAGGCGGAGUCUCUGCUGCGGCCGCUGCGCUCCGUCACCGCGCUGGACCUGUCCAACGUCCGCCUGCAGGGGGCGGCGUUCCUCACGCAGUGGAGGGAGCGGCUGGCCUCGCUCGUCCUCUACAACGUGGAUCUGUCGGAGGAAGUGGUCAGCACCGUGCUGGAGCUGGGCAACCUCAGACAUCUGGACCUGUCCCGGGAGAGCAGGCGGAACGUGAAGUUCAAGAUGACCCGGAAGAUUCUGACGGUUCUGGUGCAGCGGCUGCUCCACCUCGUCUCCCUGGACAUCUCCGGACACAUCAUGCUGGACAACUGCACCGUGCCGCAUUUCGAGGAGGCCGUGGGCCGGCCCAGCACCGAGCCAUGCAAGAGCAGCAUCUACCCGCUGCAGGAGCUGAAGAGGCCGCUGCAGUUCCUGGGCCUCUACGACACGACGCUGUGCACCGUCACACACAUCCCGGCCUACAAGGUGACCGGGUCAAAGAACGAGGAUCAGAUCCUGAACGCCAUCGAAGCCUACACCGAGUUUCGCCCGGAGCUCGCCCACAAAGCCAUCAACCACCUGUUUGACAUCGCCCGGAUACAGCACUGCAGCCAGCUGCUGCGGGCCCUGCAGCUGGUGAUCGCCGCCCUGAAGUGCCAUAAGUACGAUAAGAGCAUCCAGGUGACGGGCAGCGCGGCGCUCUUCUACCUGACCAACACCGAGUACCGCAGCGACCAGAGCGUCCGCCUGCGCCGCGACGUCAUCCAGGUGGUUCUGAACGGGAUGGAGCAGUACCAGGAGGUCACCGUCCAGAGGAACUGCUGCCUGACGCUCUGUAACUUCAGCAUCCCGGAGGAGCUGGAGUUCCAGUACAGCCGGGUCAACCAGCUGCUGCUGAAGAUCCUGGAACCGGCCCGGCAGGACGAGUCCAUCCAGAGGAUCGCUGUGCAUCUCUGCAACGCGCUGGUCUGCCAGGUGGACAACCACCACAAGGAGGCUGUGGGCAAGAUGGGCUUCGUCAAGACCAUGCUGAACCUGAUCCAGAAGAAGCUGCAGGACCGAACGUGUGACCAGGUGAUGGAGUUCUCCUGGAGCGCGCUCUGGAACAUCACCGAUGAGACGCCUGAUAACUGCCAGAUGUUCCUGAACUGCCGCGGCAUGAGCCUCUUCCUGGAGUGUCUGGAGGAGUUUCCAGACAAGCAGGAGCUGCACCGCAACAUGCUGGGGCUUCUGGGUAACGUAGCGGAGGUGAAGUCUCUGCGGCCGCAGCUGCUCACGCCUCAGUUCAUCACCGUGUUCAGCAACCUGCUGGAGAGCAAGGCGGACGGCAUCGAGGUUUCCUACAACGCCUGCGGCGUUCUGUCACACAUCAUGUUCGACGGGCCACAGGUGUGGAGCAUGGAGGAGCCGCGGCGCGACGCCGUCAUGGACAGGAUGUGGGACGCCAUCCAGAGCUGGGACGUCAGCUCCCGCCGCAACAUCAACUACAGGUCAUUUGAGCCGAUCCUGCGGCUGCUUCCUCAGAGCAUCGCCCCGGUCAGCCAGCACUGGGCCACCUGGGCGCUCUACAACCUGGUGUCCGUUUACCCCAGUAAAUACUGUCCGCUGCUGAUAAAGGAAGGCGGCGUUGGUCUUUUGGAGAAAGUUCUUGAGCUGGAGAGUUCCCAGCCAGAGACCAAGGAGAUGGCGAGGAAGGUGAUGGAGCAGUGCGAGAACUUCAAGGAGGAUCCGAUGGAGACGAACAACGGCCAGGAGGCCAACUACGGCCAGAGAGGCUGAGCCAGAACCAGAACCAGAACUCCCCGUCUGCAGCGGGUCCAGCUGAGGAGAACCGGCUGGUUUCUGCUUCUUUUCCCGUUUCCUCUUGUUUCGUAGAGCAGAGUGACCUCUGAACCCGAACGCAUCAUAGGAGCCGCCAUGUUGGGUCGGGAGGGCUGUGUGUGUGUGUGUGUGUGUGUGUGUGUGUGUGUGUGUGUGUGUGUGUGUGUGUGUGUGUGUGUGGAGGAGUAGCACAGAUCUCCAGUUCUCAGAUGGGACUGGUGUUUCCUCCUCUGUUAGCGCCUGCGGUCCGGUCCGGUCCGGUCCGGUCCGGUCCGGCGCUGGACUCGUUGUUAAAUAUGUAAAUAUUCAGUGUGGGUUUCUUCUUUUACUGUGUGGAUGUUUUAUAAACGGCUGUAAACACUCAUGACUUCACAAUAUUUAAACGGAAAUGAUCUGCUGUCGGCACCGACCCGUCACACCAGCAUCCCUGGACAGAACCAGAACCAGAACCAGUUAAAACCAGUGGAACCAGUUAGAGGACUGUGAACCAGUGACUCAGAGUGACUCAGCAGACAGUAAAGCUCGUUUCCGGGUCGAAUCGGGUUUCCUUUCUCCUCCUUCCUGUUCGUCUCGGUUCCGUUGGUUCCAAUCUGACGGACGAAGAAGAAACUGCUGAGUCGUUCUUAAAACGCCACGUCACUGGUUGCCAUGGUGAUUCCCGCCGUAGCUGAGGAGACAAUCGGUCACUGUGUGAAAACUGAAAAUGUUUUGAACUGUGAGAGCCAGGCUGAACAGAACCUUCAGAACCAAUCAGAGUGGGCGUGGCUCUCUGGGCUCUGAUUGGUCAGAAACCAGGAAGUCCUGGCUGGAAGGAGACAGAACAACCCGGAUCAGAACCGUCGUCGCUCUGAACUGGAAAGCGGAUCAGACAAUCUCCCUGUGACCCGGUUCUGAUGGUUCUGAUGGAGCGAACGACUGAGGUCCAAACAGAACCGGGUUUCUCAUCCAUCUGAUUAAAAUCAUGUUCAUAUCUGUAGUUUGGUGAAUUUCUGGAUUUUUCAGUCCAAACAGGGAAACCCAUUUGGACUGGUCUGGUUCUGAUCCAAACAGUCUCAGAGAUUCGGAUCAAGGCUUUGCUCUUAGAAAGACAGCUGGCAUGUCUGAAUAAUCCAGAAUAUCUGGGAUUAUUCCAGAGAUCUGAGAACAGAUUAGUAUGAAAUAAUAAUAAUGUUUAUGAGAUCAGAGACGACGGUCCGGUCCGGUCCGGUCCGGUCCAGAGAUGCUCCUCCAUCUUGGUUCGGUUCUCAGAACUUCAGUCGGGUUAAAUAAUCCCGUUAAUCCCAGAACCUUCACCAGGAUUUCUCUGUUUUCUGAUUCCCUUCCUGGUUCUGUUGGGUGUUUUUCUCUGAUUUCUCCAUUCUGGGUUUCGGUUCCUGGUUGUUAUUGGUUCUGUUAUUGAUCCGAUUGCUCUGAUCAGGUGUUGAUCAGCUGUUCCGGCUCCAGAGACCUGCGCAGUAUUUGGACCCAGCAGAAGAAGAGGAGCGUUUCUGUCUGGUUGUUUUGCAGGUGAACAGGAAACUGGACUGUUUGUGAUUAUUUAUGGGUUCUGGUUUCGUCCUGAUGACGUUUCUGUUCAUUUGUUCUCACUGCUGAAGAGUUCGAUCCCAAACGAAAAACAAACGGUUCCGUUUCUGUUGAUCUCAGUAGCUUCAUGACUUUAAUGUAAAAAUAUGAAUAAGCAAUAAACAUGGAGUGGUUAAACAA